AUGAGACAGAAGGAGAGGGGGGAGAGAGGGGAGAGGGGAAGGAGAGAGGAAGGAGAGGGGAGAGAGGAAGGAGAGGGAGGAGAGAGGGGAGAGAGGAAGGAGAGGGGAGAGGGAGGAGAGAGGGGAGAGAGGAAGGAGAGGGAGGAGAGAGGGGAGAGGGGAGAGGGAGGAGAGAGGGGAGAGAGGAAGGAGAGGGGAGAGGGAGGAGAGAGGGGAGAGGGGAAGGAGAGGAGGAGAGAGGGGAGAGGGGAGAGGGAGGAGAGAGGGAGAGAGGAAGGAGAGGGGAGAGGGAGGAGAGAGAGGGGAGAGAGGAAGGAGAGGGAGGAGAGAGGGGAGAGGGAGAGGGAGGAGAGAGGGGAGAGAGGAAGGAGAGGGGAGAGGGAGGAGGAGAGGGGAGAGGGGAAGGAGAGGGAGGAGAGAGAGGAGAGGGGAGAGGGAGGAGAGAGGGGAGAGAGGAAGGAGAGGGGAGAGGGAGGAGAGAGGGAGAGGGGAAGGAGAGAGGGAGAGGGAGGAGAGGGGAAGGAGAGGGAGGAGAGAGGGGAGAGGGGAAGGAGAGGGGAGAGGGAGGAGAGAGGAAGGAGAGGGGAGAGAGGAAGGAGAGGGGAGAGGGAGGAGAGAGGGGAGAGAGGAAGGAGAGGGAGGAGAGAGGGGAGAGGGGAAGGAGAGGGGAGAGGGAGGAGAGAGGGGAGAGGAGAGGGGAAGGAGAGGGAGGAGAGAGGGGAGAGGGGAAGGAGAGGGUAG